AUGUCAAUCUUCAAAUUGUUGGCCCUCGGCUGCUCCAUCGCUGGUGUCUUGGCCGCCGAAUCGUCAUCUACUCAAAGGAACUCGUCUACGGCCAACGGAAACGCCGUAGACAAAAUUGUGUUUGAAAACGUGGGCUACACUGGCUACUACUACGAUGUGGAAUCCUACACCGAUUUGACCUCUGACGACUGCUCCUGCAAACUUGAUAAGUCUUUCACGGUUUUCGAAGGCACUAAUGCUCCGCUCAAUGAAGAGCUUUCUGUCCAUUUGAGAGGUCCUAUCAGCUUGAAGGGUUUUGGCUACUAUGUUAGCGACGACCUGAGCAAGGGUACGUGGCAAAGAAAAGCCUACUACAAUUCCUCGUCACAGACUGCUGACAACGUCACUUUCUUGGUCAAUGGCGGCGAGUUUUCUCCCUGUGUUGGCCGCGCGUUGACGUACGCCUCGUCUAACGGUACUGGAAUUGCCUCUAGUGCAACGAUUUUGGAAGAUGACAACUUGGUUGAGUCCAACGAAGAGUACACUAUCAUGUCUUCUGUCAAGUGUGCUUCUUCUGGUGCUCUGAAUGACUGUGGUUAUUACAGAGAAGGCAUUGCUGCCUACCACGGAUUCUACGGCGACAUCAAGAUGUUUUUGUUUGAGUUUGAGAUGCCCGAGGCUACUGAUGACAAAGACACAACCUACCACAACAUGCCAGCGAUUUGGUUUUUGAACGCCAAAAUUCCAAGAACUUCGCAAUACAACGCCAAUACUUCGUGCUCCUGUUGGGCGUCCGGCUGUGGCGAGCUUGAUAUCUUUGAAGUUCUCAACAGCACAAAGCCUCUUCAGCUUGAUUCCACAAUCCACGACUUCCAGGGGACUGAUGAUAUCCAAAAUGGUUUGGAGGCAACCGACUAUUUUGAGAGAGACACUUCUGGAGUUAUGAGAGGUGGUGUUGUUUUUGGAAACGACCGCACAAUUACAGUCUUCAUGGAUGACUCUAUGGUCAUCGAUGAGUCUGUUGCCGCGUCUGACGUGCAAAAGUGGCUCGGGUCUGCUUCAUCCGAGGGUGUCAAGUCCUUGUCAAGUGCUUCGAUGGACACUUCUACCACGUCAGCUAGCGCCGCCGCAUCAGGAAGCUCGUCAUCAAAGAAAUCUGAUGGUACUCUGUCCAGUCCAACCUCGUUGUGGUUCAGUGCUGUGACGCUUGUUUUGCUGUCUCUUUUGUAUUUGUAA